AUGGUAAGCAGCGAUUUUUUAUUGAGAGCGGUUGACUCGUUUCUAAACAAUGCCGGUCGUACCGAUAUUUGUGUGCUACGUGAACUAAUACAGGAUUAUUUAAAAGAUAUCAAAAUUAGUCAUGAUAUUGAAUUCAUUAAAGAAUCAAUCAAAGCAGACAUUCUUGAAAAGUUCGCGAUUGAAAAAAAUCGUUCCUCAUUGCUUCGAGAUCAUUUUUUGUACUCGUUUUCUGUGCCCCUAAGUGAACAAAAUAACAGAAAUAAUGAUAAGUUUGAUAACGUUGCUUCUUAUCGACAUCUCGGCACACCGGCUAGAGCUGCAAAAAGAAAUAUAGACAUGACUGAGCAUUUUUCAGAUGAUUCCACCGAUUCGGGGAAAAGAAUAAAUAAACGGUGGAAGGAGCACAUUGAUGAGAGAAAAGAGAAGUUCAUGGAAUUGAAAGAUACCUUCAAUUUGACGGACGCGAGCAUAGCUGCAAUCGGACAGUAUCUAAGAAAAUACAAAACAUUUUUUUCCUGGCAUCAGACCCGUCAACUGCGGAAAAAGCUCAAUACAAAAUUUGCGAUAAAACUCACAGAAUCGGGUGAUGCUGCAUACGUCGACUUUGCCUAUGCAAUUACGACUGCUAUCUAUGUGGCCGAGUCAUCGUUGAAAAAGCAGGACUCGCUAAAAAACCUAAACAAACUGGAAAAGCUAACUUGUCGCAUUAGCAUGGACGGGAUCCUAGUUGGAAAUAAACAUAUCAUCGCUAUGUGGGUGAAUAGUGUAGAUGGGGGCGUAGAAACUCAAACGGCAAAGCUUCUCGUACCACUGGGUGUUUUUCAAGUUACGCACGAGUCAAAUGAAAUUAUAAAAAACGUGAUUCCUGCUCAUUUUCGAGAACAAAUUAAAGCGCUGAAGUUUGUUCAUUAUAAUGGCAGAGAUAUUCUAGUAACAAAGUUUGUAGAGGGAGAUAUGAUGAAUUUUGUGUAUAUAAUGGGUCUGGCAGGGUUUAAUUCAAAUCAUCCCUGUGUUUGGUGUACAGUUAGUAAAGAGGAUUUGAAACAGCCAGAUUUGACGUCUUGUUACGACACAGGAAAGAAAGCGCGAAGCUUAUUCGAACAGAAAAUGUGUCUGAAAGAUGUCGGCGCAAAGGGAAAGAAAACAGCAGACUAUCUACUAGGGUAUAAAUGUACGCCAGUUUUUGACGAUUUAUUUGAUUUCAGUGAUUAUGUAAUCGACACACUCCACAUGAAACUGCGAGUGUAUGAUUAUAUCUUAGACGGAAUACUUAGUCGAGCUUCACAGCAGACAAGCUAUGGUCAGGCUCAUAUACAGGAAAUGGAAAAGAAAAUUGAGAUACUGAAUGAAUAUGUGAAAGAGAAAAUAGGCAAAAGAGUAUGGUUUAAUUACGGAGAAGAAGAAAAAACCAUCUCUAGGGCAGAUAAAGCUAAAGGUAUACGUAUAAAUGGCAAGCUUGGUGGCGAUCUUCAGGACAUUUUGUUCGAGAGCUUUCCAUAUGACAAGAUAUUAAAAGAACCUUAUGAGAAUGACGCGAGAAAUAUUGUUGCAAGGUUUCAGGGAAUUCUGAGGGUACUGAAAAAACCGAAACAGAUUAGAAGGAAUAUAGAUUUGAAAAAGCUGCGUGUUGAGUUUUUGGAUAAAUGGAAUAAAUCAAAUUUGAGAACUGGCGUAACCCCAUAUAUUCACAGUAUCGGUAAUCAUGUUUUUGAAUUUGAUGAAAAAGUAGAUUUGAAAAGUUUUAAUAUGCAAGGUGUGGAGAAAGGCAAUGAUCGGUUGUCAAGAUUGUACUUUUCUUCUACUAAUCCGGCAAAAAAACCAAUUUUGACUCUAAUGUAA